ACCUCAAAUCCUGUUGUGUGUAGAUUAGAGGGAGAACUCAAGAUUACCCCUUUACCCGAGUGUGUGACUCUCUCUCUCUCAAGGCUACAACACAUCAUUGUUUUGGCGGUAAAACAUGUCGGGGAAAGGCGCAAAGGGGUUGAUCACAGGCAAAACCUCUGCUACCAACAAAGACAAGGACAAGAAGAAACCCAUUUCGCGUUCUUCUCGUGCUGGCCUUCAGUUCCCAGUUGGUCGAAUCCACCGGCUGUUGAAGUCAAGGACAACAGCUAAUGGUAGAGUUGGGGCCACAGCUGCUGUCUACUCUGCUGCUAUCUUGGAGUAUCUCACUGCCGAAGUAUUGGAGCUGGCUGGGAAUGCUAGCAAGGAUCUCAAGGUUAAACGUAUUACGCCGAGGCAUUUACAGCUAGCAAUCCGUGGGGAUGAAGAGCUGGAUACCCUUAUAAAAGGAACAAUUGCUGGAGGAGGUGUAAUUCCUCACAUCCACAAGUCUCUUAUCAAUAAGUCUUCCAAGGAGUAGAUUACUAAUGAAUAAUAGCUGCUUGAUGGAAACUUGUCUCUACUAAUUUUGUAUUUUUCGCAUGCUCUUGAAAAAG